CGUGAAGCCGCCCAAUCUGGUAACGCCACGUGACCACACGCAUCUGACGCCGCUGUACGUGCUGCACGUGCGGGAUGCGGCGCGGGCGGGAGUUCGUGUUCCUCCUCCUCGUGGCGGCGGCGCUGCUCAGCGCUACAGCGCGGAUACACGAUAACUGGACCUGCAGUGAGGAUGAGUUCCUCUGUUGGAAUGGCCAGUGCAUCUUUACAGCUUUGCCGUAUAAUGGGAAGGCUGAUCGUGGGGAUCGAAGUGAUGAGAAAAACUGUUCAGUUUCACACUGUGGACCCCGGGGGUUCCAGUGCAGGACUGCUGAGUGCAUUACUGAGCACCAGGUGUGUGACGGUCACCAGGACUGUGCAGGUGGCUCUGAUGAAUCUACUGACCUGUGUAAGGAUGAGGGUGGGCCAGGUGAAGACUGCACACAGCUGGAGUUUCAGUGUGAUUCUGGCCAAUGCAUUGACUUCCAUUCUGUUUGUGACAACUAUGCCGACUGUAGUGACAAGAGUGACGAGGCCAAUUGCAAUCGGAAUGAGUGUUUGGAAAAGAAUGGAAGAUGCUCCCAUAUCUGCCGUAACCUGCCCCUGGGUUAUGAGUGUGACUGUCCAGCGGGAUUAGAGUUGAUAAAUCAUUUCAUAUGUGAUGAUGUAGAUGAAUGUAAAGAUUCUGACCUGUGCAGUCAGCAUUGUGUUAACCUGAAUGGAUCGUACAGGUGUGACUGUUAUAAUGGGUAUCGUAAAGACUCAGCCACCAGCGCUUGCGAAGCUACAGGAGAUGAACCAGUAUUGAUUUACACAAGUGGCUGCGAGAUCAGGAGCAUCAGCACGAGUGGAAUAGAAGCCAGAGAGUUAGUGCAGAGUUUAGACAGGGUGACAGCGGUUAGUUUGGAUAGCCAUGCAGCAAGGCUCUAUUGGACUGAUGUCACAGGCCAGAGUAUUUUCAGUAAAUCAAUAGGCGGAAACACAGAGGAUGUCACCCAGACAAUAGGAGGUUUGCAAACUGUUUCCGGAAUCGCUGUGGACUGGAUUUACAACCACGUUUACUGGACUGAUUCAGGAGCUAAAACAAUCGAGCUCAUUACUCUGGAUGGAUUAAAAAGGAAGACGAUAUUCAGUGAGAAUCUGGUGGAACCUGCAGCUGUUGUGGUUGACCCUGAUUCAGGGUUUCUAUACUGGUCUGAUGUGGGAAAACCAACCAAAAUUGAAAAGGCUGGAAUGAAUGGAGUUGGUAGGAGGAUCCUGGUUAAUAUUGGUGUGGAAAAACCUGCUGGGAUUGCACUAGACACUAUUAAAAGACGCCUUUACUGGGUGGAAUCAGACUUGAAUGAAUUGUUAUACACGGAUUUAAACGGACGUCAGAGUACGAGAGUCUUUCAUUCUGAGAAACAUCUGGCUAACCCGUUUGGUCUGGCAGUAUUUGAGGACCGUGUGUAUUGGACUGAACAGACCAACAAAGCUGUGUAUAGCGCAAACAAGUUCACAGGAGCUGGUCUGACUGCCCUGGCUUGGAACCUGACCGAACCACGAGGCAUAGCUGUUUUUCACAAGUUCAUGCAACCAGAUGGGAAGAACUGGUGUGUGUCAGCAUCCCCGAGCUGUGAAUACCUGUGUGUACCUGCACCUCACACUGACGUUGGCUCUAAGUACACGUGCCUGUGUCCAGAUGGGAUGAAGCUUGAUGCCACUGGCUACAAAUGUGGAAGUAGCACAAAUUCCAGUGGCUGGCCAGGACAGGAUACGGGUCAGAACGCUCUGGAGGAAACUUCACUCUGGCUUCUCCUUCUCGUGGUGGGCUUGACUGUGAGCCUAAUGUGCUGCACUGCUGUGUGUUGGAGGGUGAUCCUCAGAUGUGUCAAACAAUCGGGAUGCUGGUACCCGGUGUACCUUAAACCCAUCACCAAUACGAGGCUCAGUAAGGAAUACACAAUGGACAGCUCUUCCCAGAAUGAGCUCCUAUAGAAACACAGGGGAGGAUCUGGAUUCUCCAUGGACAGGACUGAUAUUUUUGCUUCCCAGGGAGACUGAAAGCUGAAUUGUUGAAUUGCCAGCAUAAAGAUCAGGUUAUUCAGGGCUUUGGUAAAACUUUAAUGUAUUUAAUUGCCUAGAGUAUUUUUGUUUGAGGAGAGGGUUUGUCCAUCAGUGCAAAGUCCAUCAGAAAAGAUAAGUAACUGCCUCUGAAGCCCACUGACCCUGUCAAAUACAUCAGACACUGUCAGAUGUAUUUAAACCUUGGUACAAACUGUUUUCCUCACUCCAUCCUUUUUAUAUAUGAUAAUCUCCCACCUCCCCAUUUGCUGCCAGUUCUGUAGUGUGGUGUAACCCAGGCUUCACUGCAGAUUUGUGUUAAAGAUGCGCAAAUGAAGGAGGUGAUGGGGAGGUGAAUAGUUCUCAGUCAGUGGCUAAAAGCUGAAUCCCUUCCUGUUGUUGAAUCAGCACAAGACUUCAGAGUAUGGCUGUCUCUUUUACAUCUUGCUGCAGAGUUUAUGAUGUGAGUAACUUUAUCAGAUCAUUGUGUUCAGUGAGAGACUAUGUCAGACCUGAGCUCCUGUGAUGACUCCUAAGCAAAUUCUCUAGUUCCAUUCCAGGCUGGGUACGUUAGCUGAUCUCAGUUGGUGGAGUUUCUACAAUCAGCCUUUAUGUUAAUUCACCAGGUUCUCUGUCGCACGGACCUGAGCUGGAAACUGGAUAUAGGACACAGAGUGAGAACGGGGACAUGUUCAGACAUGGUGGGGGAUUUUUUUUGGGUGGGGGGGUGGAGUGUUGAGGCUGUUAUUUCAGGGAAAGCACUCUGAAAGCAAAUGUGUAUUGGUCCUGACAUGGUUGAACGCACUGGAGUUUGUAGCAUCUCUGAAUUUCAAUGGUGCUGCAGAUUGAAACAUUUUCAUUCAGAGAUCUUGAGUCACUUGAAAUAUAUUAUGUAUGUUUCAUAUAUAUUUGUGUUUAAAGCUUUAUUUAAACUUGUUUUUGCUAAUUUCAAACAUAAAAAUAAUUAAAUAUUUAUUUAGAUAAUUUAAUUGUAACAUUGUAACAAUAUUGUAACAAUACCUCAAUUUCCUGAUUUAAAAUCCUGAUUUUAUAGUGAUGGCCUCUGACCCCAGUUCUUUCUCUGGACCUUUCCCUCCCCUGGCAGCUCAGUCUUGCAGCCCAAUUGCACCAAUUAAAUCAUUGUAUCCUCCGGUAACUAGAUUUUCAUAUUAAUUUUUAGGAUCUGCAUCCUGUCAUUUAAUGCUCUGUUCUAUUUGUCAGCGACCACAAGCAACCAAGUAACUAAGAAACAAUUGUAUUUAAGACCUGACCCACUUGCCUUACUCUGUUUGGGAGGGGGGCUGGGAGAGGACAGACCUGCCCAUACUGACUUGUUUCUGUGUGAACAAAUAAUUAAACCUUGUUAGAGCUGAGUUACUCAGGUAAUUAUUGGCUGUUGCAAUAAUUGUUAUCACCUCUUUAUCACCUGUUUAGAUUGUGUCUGAAAUUGUGAUUUUUGCUGUUUUGUAGAAAGAAACUGAAAAGUUUCCAUGCUAUAUGUUCACAUUUUUAAUGUUCUGAUUUAUUUGAAAGGUGUGUGGUGUGGCUGAUUUGUUCUGUGACAUUAAAAUAAAUGGAUUUAAACAGUAA